AUGAACAAGAAUGACGGGCCUGAGAACACGGCAGAGCUUACGCCUGUGCGAGCAAACCGGGUUGACGAGGUCGACGAUCAGAUUCGCGGACUCCUCCGGCGACUCUCAGUAUUUUUCAGGGAGCCAGUUCCAACUGGCAGCUUCUCGUUGUCCUAUUUGGCAGAAGGUGCAGCCAACGUGGUCUGGCUCAUUCACUUCCAGAACUCGAAUCUGGACCAACAUGAUUCUAGCGUAGUGCUUCGCAUGCGCAAGGAUGUUCCAUCAACGCUCCCGAUGGUUCAAUUUAAGCGCGAUUUCGAGGCUCGUAUCGCGCCAUUGUUCUCGUUCGACCCGUCACUGCUUCUGCCAGUAGAGCUGGUGCAGCUUUGUCCUCAGGUUAUCGACCGCCUGAACAGGCAAUUACGUCAGCUAGAGGGUGCAGAAGGACGUAGCGCACUGAGAACUGGAACGUAUCAUCCUGAUUUCGCGGACGAACAGUAUGCCAUGGUGAUGCCUAAUCUUGGCCAUGGUCCGGGUGUGAUUGUUGAGUUUAAGCCGAAGUGGCUUACGCAAAGUCCUAGUGCUCCUAGAAACGCGCAGAGGUGUCGUACAUGUGCGAUGAACUCCAUGCGGCGAAGUAAGGGUGGCAGCGGACGUGGAGAUUCGGGUUUCUGUCCUUUUGACUUGCUGAGCAGGAAGGAUGCAAUUCUGUUUGGCGCAUUGAGGCAGAUAUGGCGCGACGAAGACACCUUGUCAAGUUUUGCUGAUACAUUCAGAUCUAGGGUCCAACCAGCAUUAAGACAACUACAGAAGCUGCAAUUGCGACAUAACGAGGUCGGUCUCGAGGAUUUUCAACAGCCUCAGGAGAAGGACUUUGCUGUUGCGAUGGCACUAAGGGAUUGUAGUAUGGUGCUCAAGGUUGUGCAGUCAGGUUCAGGGUCGGCUUCACAAAUUCCGACCGUCAAAUUGCUUGACCUCGACCUAAAAGAUUCAGGGGGUGGCAAGCUGGAAAAAUGGGCUCGUAUGGAGUCAGAGCUGAUUGAGGAAGUCAUGUUGGAUAUUGAAUAUUUGAUCAGCUUGUUUUUGGAAAACUGGAUCGUUAAUAGCCUUUAUCUCGGCUCGAAUACGCUGGACUAG